GGAAUGAUUUAGCCCAUUCAACUCAUGACUUUACAGCAAACUCUUUUGUCUCAGCUUGGUCGGCAACCAUCAACCCAGGAAGCAUGUCAAACCGGUGGGGGAACAGGAACACUUGACAACAUGGGAUUGGAGAUGUUGAUGAAUAUGUUUGGGGGUCUUGGGAUUGGAAGCCCUGCCGUUCCUGUCAGAUCAGAUGUGCCCCCGGAAGAACUAUAUGCCACUCAGCUCUCACAGCUACAAGAAAUGGGCUUCUUUGAUACCCGAGAGAAUAUACAGGCACUGAUAGCCACUGCAGGGAAUGUUCAUGCUGCAAUGGAGCGGCUUUUGGGGAACCCCGGUCAGUAGAUUGUGAUUAUUGUUAUUAUUCUAUUCAACAUGACAUAUAUCAUCAAUCGUGGACCGUUGUAAUCGGUUUUGGACACUCCGGAGGCAUUUUCAAAUCUUAUUUUAGCUAUGAAUAAGUACAUAUUAUGAUAGAACUGUGAACUUCUUGACAUUAGGGUAUUGGUGUGGGAAUACUCUUUUUCCUAUCCCCCACCCCCUUCUAUAUAUAUGAAAAGAAAAAAGACCGAGAUUGCAAUA